AAUAUUAAUUUAAUAAUAGUCGACGGAGAAAGAAAAAUGUUAUCAAAAUUUAUUAAUCUUUUCCUGUUUAAGUUAAUGAAUCAUUUAAUCUAUUGGUUGUAAUUAAAUCUAAUAAAAGUUGAUCUUGUUUCUCACCAAAAUAAAUUAGUUAUUAUUGGCUGGGCGGGAUAUACAAGUGUGAAUAGCAAUCACUCCAAGCUGAAUGAUUAUAAUAAUAUCAAUGGGAAGCCAGUUGUAAGCUUGAUAUUUGAAGGCCCAACAUUGGUCGAGAUCAAUUUAUUUGUAUUUUGUCUUUUCAAUUGAGCUCUUUCAAAAUUUUGCCCAUUUACUCCACAUUUGUUGCUGUCUUUUCAUUGUGCCUUUUUCCCAUCAGUGUAACAAUGCCUCAACAAUGUUCAUCAGGUAAAAGCGUUCAAAAUUCUUGUAAAUUUGUUCAUUCAUUUUCCAUUGAAUCCAUCUUGAACGAGACUGAUGACAAGUUUACCCAAGACGAGAGUAACCACCAGGAGCCAGCAUCGCCAUCAAUGGAUAAGGUGAACUCAAGUGAUGAUCGAUUCAGUUUUGCAAGUGUUGAUCCAAUCGAUCAAAGUGUUGAUCAUGGGAAACACACAAAGCCACCUUAUAGUUAUAAUGCUCUGAUAAUAAUGGCCAUCUCUAGUAAUCCAGAGAAGCGAUUGACUUUGAGUGAAAUUUACGAUUACAUAACGGAUACUUUUCCCUAUUAUCGAGACAAUAAACAAGGCUGGCAAAACUCAAUUAGACACAAUUUAUCUUUGAACAAAUGUUUUCGCAAAAUACCUCGACAUUAUGAUGACCCCGGGAAAGGUAAUUACUGGACCUUGGAAUCAGAAGUUGUUCCAAAAGCAGUGCCAUUAUCAUCAACACUAAUCAAGGAGUCUACCAAAGUAAAUCAAUCAACACCAGAAGAUGACGAUUCAAAAGGUUUAUCAAAUAAACGAAGACGCAUAAAUUCACCUCGAAGCUUGAAAUCUUCUCAAACCUUAGCCACGUCUUGUCCUGUCUCAUCCUCGCCAUUGGUACCAAUCAAGACAGAUUCAGUUUCUUCAAUCAGUUUUUUCAACCAUCAACUACCCAUUCGCAGUAUCUCAAGUUGCCAAAGUGUUAAGCAGACUUUUGUUGCCCAUCCAUUUGAAUCUUCAACCUUAACUUGGCUCAAUUUAAGGCUUCCAUCGCCAGUUUCAUCUCCAUUGCCCUCUAGUUCCCUGGCUUGGUCUUUUCCUGGUCAUCCUUUCCUUUGGUCAUCUGUCUUUAAUCCAGCCUCUCAUUUAUAAAUUACAAUUAUUUCUGUAAAAAAAUCAUUAAACAAAGAUUCAUCAUGCUAAAGAUCAUUUUUUCUCAAAAAGCUAAAUGUAUAUUCCGUAUUUGGUGUCUGUUUGGCUCAGAGACGGACAAAACUAAUUGAUCCAGGAUUAAUAAGCUUGUUUAGAUCCUAGAAUUUUCAUAAUUGCUGCAAAAUAAUCAAAAAGUGACGAUAUUUAAACGAGACGAGCAAUGAAUCAAUGUUUCAAGUUUAUUUUUUGCACGAAUCUGCUUUUUGUUUAAUUUUGCAACGGAAGAUGGAGCAACAGAUAACUGAAGUUUAGUCUCAAAUUGAAUUGAACAUUGAUUUGGAUAACUUCAUGCGAUCUUAAUUAAUCCGGAUUUGUAUAAUUGGAUAAAACUUUAUUGUUUCCAGAUAACAUUGUAAUUUCUCAUGGCAUUCAUGAUAUAAUUAUGACAAGUUAAUAAGACCCAAAUUUAUGUAAUUGUA